AUGGAUGUGCAUGCUUUCGCGUCGUUGGCACAGGUCCGCAUCUUGUUACUUCCCGUCGGGCCCAUCAACCGCCCUACCUUUGAGAAAUGGGUAUCCGAAAUACGGAUGUUCGAGCAGAUUCGGCUAGGCGACAUACCGGCUGAUAACAAGGGCGAACGAGCCCAAUUCAACGCGUCCGUUAGCGAGCUAUUUCCAUCAUCAUCCCCAUUUCCGCUGGCAAGCAACUGCUUCGUCUUCGAGGAAGGGGACGGGAAUACGAAUCUCAACGUCGGGAAUGAACUACCUGGUCUCGUUGUGAUACCCAGCAUGAUGGGUAACAAGAAGCUGUACGUCGGCACCCUACUUGCCGACCUCUGUUCUAACAUUCUCGGGGAGUUCUCGACCAUAGCUGGAACGCUGGAGAGUCCUCAAGGGAAUGAAUACCUCAACUCUUCCCUCUUUCCGAGUAUGCCUCGACCAUCGGAUCUGCCGGCUCCAUUGGAUUUGGACGAUAACCGACGUGAUUCUCUCCCGCCUCUCCCUUCCAGGAGCAGCCAGCCCGAUUUGAGUGGGCCUGCAUCUCUUCUGAGGGGCAAAUCACCAACUCCGAUAGUAACGAAGCGGCAAUCAUCUCUUGGUCCUGGCAUCGCCAGUCCCGCUGGUAAUUCAUUCCGCCAAUCGUCAUUAGGCGUCCCCACUGCCAAGAAGCGUCAGAGUGGCAUAGGCGCUGCCUCGUCCCAUGGUCGUCUUUUCAAGCUACUUGGAGAUCUUUUCCUGCUUGCGGGGCGGACUGAAGAUUCUUCAGUAUGGUAUACAGAAGCUGCAGCCUUGUGUAAGCUGCCGCAAGAUAGUGCAUGGCAUGCUUCCGCUCUUGAGGGCAUGGCCGUCGUCGCUGUCGUAGACGCAUGGUCAGAUGGGCAUGGACUCAAUGCCUCCUUUAGCACAUCAAGGGAACCGUGGUCUGAUAUCCAGGACAAGUUGACCCAGGCAAUCAGUCUUUACGCAAGAGGGCCUCCUUCUGAUAAUGGCGACGAUUACAUGCUUCAUUCGUACCUCUAUACUCAAGCCAUCCUACGCCAGUCAUCCCUUUUGUUUGCUGUUUGGUCGGCCAAAGGUUGGGGACCUCUUGCGUUCACGACCAUGCUUCAACCAGGACCGAAACCCGUGAUCCCUCCGACGUUAGCCACUCCCGAAGGUGUCUCAUAUGUCGGUGUGGAGCGUUUAAGCCGGAUCACUGGCGUUACUCGAUCCCAAAUUGCAAAUAUUCUGGCGCAAGCUCAUGGACCUUGGCUCUUACAUCUCGGAGCACUCGAAAGACUAGCAACCCUAGAAGCAAUGGCUGGUCUCUACUCCUGCUUGGGCUACAAGCGCAAGGAAGCCUAUAUUAUGCGCGAACUCCUUGGCUGUAUUAUGGAUCUCCUCGUUUGCGGGCGAAACGAGAUAGUGCAGGGAUCACACUCUCGGGUUACAAGUGCCGGAUUGGGUAUCGAGGGUGCGAACAUUCCCGGUGGAUCUGUCGCCACGCGAGAAAACGAGCGCAAUGAUGGUAAUCAAAGCUUGAUCCGGCUUGUGAGGCACAUCUGUCGAGUGCACGGCGUCAACCUGGAAGCCGUCAGUCUUUCUGAGGAGAAGGUGCAAGAAGGAGAUGAAGAUUCUUCACAGAAGCCUGACGGCAGCAUCGAUGACGACGUUCAAGACCCCUUCGGCUGGCCCGAACUGCAAGUUGGUGUCGUUCGCGAAGCGAUCGCUGUGGCGGAAGCGCUUCCCGAUUACCCAUCCGUCGCCCAGUUUGCACUUUCAGCUCUCAAAACGUUGCACACAGCACUUACGACGGCCGACCAAGCACAUCUGUAUGGAACUGCUACCCGGGCACUUGCCACCGCACGCCGACGGGGUGAUCGCCGGCGACCCGACUACUGGGGCAUGCCGCCUGUGACAAGUAUUGAGAUUUCACCGCUGCCUUUCGUGCGCGUUCCUAUCGAAAGGCCCAUGUCACUGCUUGCGACAAGAAAUUCAAGCACCGUCGCUUCCAAACUCCCCGAGACCUUCCUCUAUAACCCCAGAAAAUCGAUGGUUGGCCAACUUCCACCUCUCAAGGGCCAGGCUGUUGUCGUCGAGAAUGAAGACCUGGAGUUUGUCCUGACGUUGCGGAAUCCUUUCGCUGUCGACUUGGAGAUCCAAAGCUUAUCACUAAGCACGACAGGUGUACCGUUCGAGGCGAAGCCUGUGCCAGUAGUGAUCUCCCCCAACUCGUAUCACUCGGUCACCAUAGUCGGCAAGGCUAAAGGUUCUGGAGUCUUGGCCGUCAAAGGGUACUUCGUCCAAGCGCCAGGAGGCGUGACUCGCGAGUUUCGAUUGCAGCUGUCCACAGAGGAGGAAGAGACGCGACAAUCCCGCCGGCGAAGUGCGAUCAUGAACGAAAUCGGCAGAGCGAAGUAUGGCGGGCUCGAAUCUCGACCCUGGGAAGCAAACCGAAAGCGCUUGAGCAGGCUCGGUGCCUCGUCCAGCUCACAGACACCACGGUUUCUGGAGUGCAAGGUGGUCCCCGAACAGCCUUUGCUUCGCAUACGGAGAACUUCCUUAACACAUGGUGCCCUCAUGCUGUACAGUGGAGAACGUUCCGUCAUGCGUAUCACCCUCGAGAACGUAGCUUCGCUUCCCGUGGACUACUUGAAGAUAGAGUUUGAUGACUCUACUAUUGGGCCUGCGCAACAAACUUUAGCUGAUGGGGAGCUUUCCGUCUUCGACACGUACGAAACGGAGUUCGCCCUCAUUCAUCGCCCCACUUUCUCGUGGGACGAGAAGGGUGCAGUGAAGAGCCUCGCUCCAGGCCAGAAGACGACGGUCACUGUGACCUGCUUCGGCAAGGUGGGCUGCACCAGCGGCACGAUCCAAGUCUCGUACGCCUACGUUCACCGUCAGCAGGAGUCCCUGCAGCAGCCUUCGAAUGUGUUCCAAACGCGACAACUCUCGUAUCCCAUCCUGGUCACUGUGUACAACAUGCUGGAAUGUCACGGUAUGGACAUAUUGCCGUACACGCGUUAUCCGACUGUGCGAGAAGGAAAGCUAAGGUCAACGGACCAACCGGGUGACGCACUUGCGGAAGUGCCUGAGGAGCUGGGUUGGUGCAUGUUCGCGGUUGACGUUCGGAAUACGUACGGCCUUCCGUUCGAGGUAUCGUUCGAGCGUAUACCUGAACGAGUGGUGAACAUGCUGGUAGCCCCUGGAUCGACCUCAAGGAUUUUCUUGCCACUCAAGAAGAUUCUGCUUCCCGAAGAGCACACUUCGCGAUCGAUACCUACGCUGUCUGAUCGGCAGUUCGUCGUUGACAAGUCUGGCUUGUCUUCGAAUCAGGAGAAGACUCAGCGAGAACUGUUCUGGUACCGAGAAGAGGUGUUGAAGUGCGCUGGAGGGAGUCGCUCUGGAGAGCUUUCCUUACGUCAACAGCGCAUGACUCUCCCUAUGCUCCAGUCUCUGCGUAUAGAGACGGCUCGUGUCCAGCUAGCAUUGACGCCGAUGGAUGAUGGCGAGCCUGACAGUAUACAGCGCAUGGGUCUCAAGUACACAUCUCCUGUCAACGAAUUCGUACUCUUGAUAGUCACUGUGACCAACUCUUCUCUCAAGCCGCUCGUACUUGCCUUAGACUUGGCGAUGGACCCCAUCGAGCACGUCUUGUUUGAGGAUGCACUGUCCGACAUCCCAGUUGGAGAGCUGGAUGUUGGCGAAUCGAAAGAUGUUUACAUCGUGGAGAAGCAAGGGUUGGAGUGGGGAGGCUGA